AUGUCCUUUAAAUCAUUUGAAUUAUCAAACCCAUUGCAUUAUUCCUUACAGGGGUUUGCUUUGGCUAAUCCCCAUAUUACACUAAUUCCUGAAUACAAGAUAUUCUUUAGAAAUUCUUCGAAGGAUAAGGUUGCGCUCAUUUCUGGUGGUGGAAGUGGCCAUGAACCGGCCCAUGCAGGCUAUAUCGGUUCUGGUAUGUUAUGUGCUACUGUUGCAGGUGAAAUUUUUGCAUCACCAUCUAGUAAGCAGAUCCUAAAUGCAAUCAAGGUUGUGGAACAAAACUCUUCUGGUGUCCUGCUAAUAGUCAAAAAUUAUACCGGCGAUGUUCUUCAUUUCGGUAUAGCUGCAGAGAGAGCUAGAACUUUAGGUAUUAAUUGCGAGGUUGUGAUAGUUGGUGACGAUGUUGCGGUCGGUAGAAAUAAAGGAGGCCUGGUUGGUAGGCGGGGAUUAGCUGGUACCGUACUAGUUCAUAAGAUAACAGGCGCUUUUGCAGAGCGGUUAUCUUUUAAGUAUGGAUUAGAAGGUACCUCCAAGGUUGCCAAUAUUGUUAAGGAUAAUUUGGUAACUAUUGGUGCUUCGCUAACUCAUUGCAAGGUUCCGGGAAGAGAGUUUGAAUCCCAGUUAAAUGAAAAUCAAAUGGAACUGGGAAUGGGAAUUCACAAUGAGCACGGUGUAGAAAUUCUAGAACCAAUUCCUUCAACUGUUCAGUUGGUUGAAAAGUCAAUGCUUCCACUACUAUUGGACCCAAAUGACAGCGACAGGUAUUUCGUUAACUUCGAGAAGUCUGAUGAUGUGGUUCUUUUGGUAAAUAAUCUAGGAGGCGUGUCGAAUUUUAUGAUUUCUGCAAUAACUUUAAAAACAAAUGAGAUACUAAAAGAAAAAUAUGGUAUAAGGCCUAAAAAAACAAUCCAGGGUACUUUAAUGACGUCUCUAGAUGGCAAUGGAUUUAGUAUCACAUUGUUAAAUGCCUCAAAUUGUAACAGGCAAUUACAGAAGGAAUUCCCUGAACUUGAUUCAGUACUCGAACUAUUAGAGGCAUACACCAAUGCUCCUGGAUGGCCGGGAAUCCCCCCUCCAAUGAAGGAGGCACCAUCUAUUGAUAGUUCUUUGUUUGAACAGCAUGGAAGUGUAAAACCGGCAGGCAAGUUUAGUUUUAAACUGUUUGAGGAUAUGAUGAAGGCUGGGGCAGCACAAAUUAUUCUAAAUGAGUCUAAAAUAACCCAUCUGGAUAAUAUAGUUGGAGAUGGUGAUUGUGGGGCUACAAUGGUUGCGGGGGUACAAUGCAUCGUUGAAAAUCUUGAUAACUUGUCUCGUAAUUCUCUAUCAGAAGCGUUAGCCCAAUUGUCCAACUACAUUGAAAAUUUUAUGGGUGGCACAUCAGGAGGAUUGUACUCAAUUUUAAUAUCUGGUAUGUCACAUGGGCUAAUAACGUCCUGCAACAAUCCUGAUGCAGAGGUUACACCCCAGAUACUUGCUAAGUCCCUACUUGUUGCUCUACAGACAUUAUACAACUACACUAAAGCCAGACCUGGUGAUUGUACAAUGAUAGAUGCAUUAGAACCCUUUGUAAGAACAUAUGCCGAAGAUUUUGACUUUGAGAAGGCCCUAAAGGCAUCUGAAGCUGGUGCUUCAGCUACAAAAGAGUUCACUGCUAAAUUUGGUAGAGCGUCCUAUGUCAGUGAAACUUUAAAUGUACUCGAUCCCGGAGCAGUCGGCUUGGUGGAAUUUCUAAAAGGCAUGAAUAACGCCUUAAAACACUCCGGUAAUAACCAUACUACUGAUUAA